AUGGCACAGACAGAAGCAGCCCGACACUCACCCCCCGAAGCGCCUAAGAGGCCCAGAGGAAUUCUCAAGAACGCCAACUCUCCACCUGACACGCGCACCUCUCCCCUAUCAGAGCGGCCUCCUCAGCCCGCCGAGCCCGCUCACGAUGCAGCCACGAACGGUGCGCCGCUUCAGCGCGAGCUUACCGACAAAGAGCUUGUGCAGAUGAACACCGAAAUCAACGCUGGCGGCGCCCGACGAAACAGCUCGAAUCAACGCGCGAGUCUCAGCCGCCGACAAUCCUCUCAAGGGGGUUCGGCAGAUGGCACGCAAGACGAGCAAGGGCAGAGACUGAAGUGGGAUGAAGCGAACCUCUACCUCAAUGAGGGCCAGAUGGGCGGACGCAUGAAGAUCGACGAGCCCAAGACGCCCUACGCCAAGCAAUAUGACCCACAAGAGGACGAAGCGGAGAUGUCUGCUCUCAAUGCCCAGGAGCUGGCGGUGGACGAGCUGGAGAUGGACAAGACGAAGCAGCCUCCCCGUCGUGCGCAGCGAGAUGGCGAUAUCCCUGGUCUGGACCUUGGAGAGCCGGAGAUGGACCCAAGCAUUCGCAGGGAGAGUGAUGGGGAGAAUAAGGUGGUGGUGGAUGCCGGGAUGGAUGUCGACAGUGGGAGUAAUCAUGGGGAGAGGAGGGAGGAGGACAUGAGUCGGGAGGAGAGGGAGAAGCACAAGCGAUUUGAGCAGAUGAGGAAGAGACAUUACGAGAUGAAGGAUGUCAAGAAUUUGCUGGGGCAUACUUCCGACGAGCUUGACGGCGGCGAAGACGGGGAGAGGUAA